AUGCAAACAGAAUUCGUAUUCGGACUUCUACUAGCUGCCAUAUGGCCUGCGUCCUCUUUGGAUCGAGAAAAGCGAUGCGCAUGUGCACCGCCAAUUCCAUCGCCCUGCUCCUGUGAAGUAGGUCCCACUCCAUUCUGCUCCUGCAAACCGAUUAUUCCAACACCUUCCUGUGCAUGCGGACUCCGCGCCCAAAUGACCCACUGCAAGGCGUACUGUCAAGAAAUCUGUCAGCCCGCAUGCUUUAAAAGCUGGAUUCCCUUGCCAUGUCCAUCAUUUUGUGGAAGCCUCUGCUCACGUUCCUGCCUACCGAAACCAACGUUCGGACCUGUAGCCCCACUCACAACUUCGGUAAUAUUACCCUACCAAUGUCCUACGGUAUGCCAGCAGUCGUGCAUGAAAUUGUGCGCCGUGCAGCUGCUCCCCAACACCUGUAUGUUCAUGUGUCAGAAACCCUGUGUCCAAAAAUGCGUCAUGGCCUCUCCUGUUCCACACGAAUUUGAGUUAAUGGCUGAACCAGCCUUCCCAGCAGCAGUUCCACCACCACCGCCACCAUUUGCUGACGCAAUCCCACUUCCUUCAGCUGCUCCGGGAUGUAUGGGCACUGGAUGCAUGAUGGACAACGUUAUGCCAUCAAUGAUUGAUCCUUGA